GUAUUUGAAACAGUCUGGGUUCGCCUCUCGGCCCGUGUGGAAGUACCGCUGCGCUCCUCUCGCAGCGCUUUUCUUUACUCUCCGUGUUUACCUGUGUGAGAAAAAUACCUCGUCGAAUGUUUGUUUGUUUGUUUUGGGUUUCAUUUUAAAGUUGACAGUGUCUGCAGCAGCGUUUAACGAAUCGUUCGUGUCUUACAGAUGAGAAAGAAUCUUCGUAAAUAAAUAUAUUUGAGUGGCGAAAUUAUUAAUAAAAGAUCGAUUAACAGGAGUCAGUGUGGCCGUGAAAAGCGGUGAGUGUCAGUUGUGCAGACUAGCGCCAGUUCGAAAACGAAAGGGCGAAAGAAAGAAGUUAGGCGUUCUGUCAUCGUCAACCAAUCAAAAAGCUUGACUCGCUUCUUAACGAGCUUUACUGGAGUCUGUGUCGCAUCAUUACCAUUUUUCUCGGCUCUGACAAUAACAAGAGGACAAUAGUCGCAACGAGCAUUACAGUCUAGGGCUCUUUUUUUUUUGGAAUAUCUUUAUAUUUGACUCCAGCCAGACGGCCAGUGUUGUUGUGGGCUGCUGAUCAGAAGUCCCAUCGUUGAAAAGCUCGUCAUAAUGACUUGCCGAUGACCUCUGACACGGGCCUGAAGGAGCAACAGUGACUGUGUGGACCGAUGGUGAUUGAUUGAACUGGGUAAUUGAAUUGUGCCUUGCUUUUUCGUUCUCCCGACUUGGCACGGAACAAACAAAUCAAUAACGCCAGUACUUAACGUUUUCACCUUUGCGUCGCGAACGCCACAAAAGGUGAACAAACAAUUGAAAAAAAAAGGGGAAACAAAACGAAGUAAAAGGAAAUAUAGCCAUCCAAGCAGAAAUAAUAAAAUGAGGAUAUCAACCAGUUAUGUCGCCGUCUUAUUUAUCACGGUCGCUUUCCGCUGGUGUUGCUUUGCCACCGUCUUCGGCGGCGUACCUAUUUUCGACGAAAACGUGUGGGCGCAAGGUUUAGUGCCGGGCCAUUCGGAUUCGUCGGCGGGGGGAGCGCCGGCUGUCGAGGAUUACGACUAUGAAGCCAGCUACGAUUACGACGGCAAUCCCAAGACGAGCGCCACCACCAACUCAACAAGGAGCACGAGUGCGCGACCGCUGGCUAGUAGUUCGACGACCGAAACGCCAUCUGGCAAACCAGGUACCUUGCGGAUGUUGAAAGCGUUGGGCAACAUAACGCGUGAGAGCGGCGAAAGUGUCAAACUGCGGUGCGAGGUGUCAGGCGACCCGCCACCAAACCGCUUCCGCUGGUACAAAAACGAAGCGCCAGUCUUGGAGGAGAAAGGUCGUGUUGUGGUCAGAAAGUACCGUACGGGAUCGUCCAUCCAUGGCAGUCGACUACGCAUCUCCGAUGUCGACACGCACGAUACCGGCUACUAUAAAUGCGAAGCUUCCAAUGGCGUCGAUCGUGUCGAUUCCACUGGUAUCGUCAUCGUUCGCAUGGGCGCGCCAGUCGGCCAAUCAGGUCCAAUUCCACCUGGCACCAAUUUCCAGCAGCCGUCCUUCCCCUCCUUUGGAGGCCUUCCUGUCAAUUUGCCCGGUUUGCCCAAGGAUUUCGUGCCCAAAGAUCCCAAACUUCUUCUUCCAAAAGAUUUCCAACCGAACAAGGAGUUUCACCCUAAGAUCGGUCACGAAGAUGAAGACGAAGAUGACGACCAUGGUGACGGCGAAGAGGGCGAUGAUGAUGUUGAUCACCCUAACUCGUUUCCGUCUAUGCCGGGUUCUUUGCCGCGUACCAAUGUUGGACACGGACAAGCCCCGCUCGAAGGAUUUUGUCAGGUCUACCGCGGCUCGACGUGUUCUAAAUUUCUAGCAAAUCGUACCAUCUUUGUCCAGUCAUCUCUCACUCAAGGCAUCGUCGAGGAAAAAUUAGCGGCUGCUUUCACCGUCAUCGCACAUUCGGGGGAUCUAUCUCAAAGCUGUGCUGAAUUCGCAGUACCGUCGCUUUGCUUUGCUGCAUUCCCUCUAUGCGAUGACCAAGGUGGUAAACCCGUACCCCGUCAGCUUUGCCGUGACGAAUGCGAGGUUUUAGAGAACGAUAUCUGCCGAAUGGAAUACGCCGUUGCCAAGCAGCAUCCGCUUAUUGGAGAACAGGUCAUGCUUCCUGAUUGUGAAAAGCUGCCACCGAUCGGAUCCAAAGGAAGUGACACAUGUUUUCGCAUUGGGAUUCCUCAUAUGGCGCAGAUUGUUGAAGAGCAAAGCUGCUAUAACGAGGAUGGACGCGACUACCGUGGAAUAGCCAGUCGCACAUCUAGCAAACAUGAAUGCCUCCCAUGGAACAGCCAGAUGGCAGUCAAAACAGCCGACCAUCCUGAAUUAAUCGGUGGCCAUAACUAUUGUCGUAACCCUGGCGGUGUUGAGGUUCAGCCCUGGUGUUUUGUUGCCGGUGUGGACGGACCAAACUCCCGGCCACGCAGAGAAUUCUGUUCCUUGUCCAAAUGCUCCGCCGGUUACGACAUCAACUGGCUGUAUAUAAUUGUACCGGCCGCUGCAGUCGGAGUUCUACUGAUUGUAAUUCUUGUCGUUUGCUGCGUCCGUCGGUCGAAAUGCAAAGCGAAAAAUUCGUCAGUAAUGAUCAAAGGUCCUUACAGUUGUGGCGCACCUAUUCCCAAUGGGACAGGUUCCAACAUGGCCCGUCUGGCUGGUGUUGGUGGACAGUCAAAUCAGCAAAUGGAAAUGAACGCGCUCUUGCCGCCCAGCAACAACAGUAUGGUGUCAACGUUGCAAGGCCAAUCCACGCCUAGCCGCAUUCACGUACCAGAGAUUUCUCUACACGCUGUUCGAUUUCAACACGACCUCGGUGAAGGAGCUUUCGGCAAAGUAUAUAAGGGCGAGCUGAUGCACAGCGAGGCGGGAUCGUCCCACCGCGGCUAUGUUAAUGAUCACCUCAUAAGUCCAGGCAGUGUAAUGCCCAUUGCGAUCAAGACGCUAAAAGCUAAUGCUUCGGUCAAGACUCAACAAGAUUUUCGUCGGGAAGUAGAACUUAUGUCUGAAUUGCGUCAUCCCAAUAUCGUAUGUUUGUUAGGCGUCGUAACGCGCGAUCAACCGCAGUGCAUGCUUUUUGAAUAUAUGGCGCAGGGAGAUUUGCACGAAUUUCUGGUGGCUCACUCACCGGCCGGGGAUGGAUCGGUUUCCGGAAUCGGUCCUGGAAGUGAUGACGGAACAACGAGCACACUGGAGCAAUCGGAUUUCCUUUACAUUGCAAUUCAAAUCGCUGCAGGAAUGGAAUAUUUAGCUAGCCACCACUAUGUCCAUCGGGAUUUAGCAGCCAGAAACUGUUUAAUUAGUGACAACCUAAUCGUCAAAAUAUCUGAUUUCGGUCUAUCACGGGACAUUUAUUCGUCUGAUUACUAUCGUGUCCAGGGCAAAUCAAUGUUGCCUGUUCGCUGGAUGCCACCAGAAGCCAUUUUGUACGGUAAAUUUACGAUUGAAUCGGACGUUUGGAGUUUUGGUGUGGUUCUCUGGGAGAUAUACAGCUACGCAUUACAGCCGUACUAUGGAUACAAUAAUCAAGACGUCGUCGAUAUGGUGCGCUCUAGACAGUUGCUCUCCUGUCCAUCGGAAUGUCCUUCACGGAUAUAUUCCUUGAUGGUAGAGUGUUGGUCUGAGGUUCCUCUUAGACGACCCACAUUCACAGAGGUCCACAACAGAUUGCGUUCGUGGGAAGGUUUGGCUUCAGUUGGAGCUCCUACCAGUUCCAUGGGAGGGCCACCUCCAAUCCCGGCCACUCUGCCCCCUACAAAUGGAGCUAUGCUCACCAGUCGGAGUCAUUCAGGUAGCCACAGCGGAUCACAGCAUUCGAGCACCGGCCCAAGUAAUAACACGGGAUCGACCAAUUUGAGCGGCGCUUCGGUUCAUCCGAUCAUUAGUGGUGGCAAUUUCUACCACCAGCCAGGACCGCCUUAUUCUCGAGGACCUGUCAUGAGUCCCGUGCCAAGUGUUGGCGGAAAUAGCGCCAGUUCAACGUACGGAGGCACAUCCAGUGUUACGUCCAGCCUCGGCUGCCAUCCAGCUCACCAACCACCACCACAACAACAACAACAACAACAACAAUAUCCCGUCUGCUAUGCCCAGAGCAUCGUGCCAGGCUUCCAUUCAGCAAUGAAUGGCAUUCGACCAAGCGGACCGCCAUCGGUCAUACUUCACGGUUCCAAUAAUGGCAAUAACGGAUGGGUGGGUCGUUUUAACACGUCUAACGCGGCUUACAGCGGAAGCUCUGAUGGCGGCAAAAUUUGCAACCUCUAAACCAUAAUAGAAAAAUAACAAAUGACCCAACCCUUGUCUCAGUGAAUCGUUGACGAAUUCGGCACAAGUUUUACGGAGAAAAGAAAGAACUAGUCCCCUACAUUAUUUGAAGAGAAGGAAACAACACUGCAGAAAAUAUAAGGCAGCGUAUCAACUCGUAUUUAUGUACAGAACGGACUAAAAGUGUUUUUGUCUUUUUUUUUGUCAUUUUUAUUUUGCCAUCGAUGCGAACUUUGUUUACCUUUAUUGUGCCGACAGCUCCUUGUUCUACUAUUUUAUUUUCUAACAUCGGUCAUAUCUUAAGAAAAACAAAAUGCGUUCGUGUAUUGCAACGGCUAUCGACCGUUGCGUUGCCCAUGUUUAAACUGUUCAGUUCUAUGGUAAUAUUUGCUGUAAAAUUACUGCUGAUCCCAAUGUUUGUAAUAGAUUGCACAAGAGCCUAUAAAGGGAUUGCCCUCUUGUAAA